AACAUUGUUUCGACCAAAUGAAAAGCAAGGCAAUAAUUCCACAAUUGCUUUCUUAUCUCCGCUAGUUACUUACACUAGGAUACCAUCGUGUUGGUAGAAAAAUUUAACUAAAUGCUGUGAAAAACCGCAAGAAACAUAAAAUGCAUUUCCCUUGUUUCUUCGUUGGGCUUGCAUGCAUGUUUAUCUACACAAUGGAAUGUUUUCGAAUAAAAAAACUGUUUAAAAGGUUUGGGUUGAGCGUCGUGUUUCAAAACAAUACUUUACAACGGGAAGUAAAGGCCUGGCUGAAGUCAUUGUCUUAGAAUAGGCCUACAGACAUGUCCUAGACACAACUUGGAUGGCUAGUCUUCAUUAAACGGUUAACUUGUUCACACGCCUAGAAUAGUGUGAAGCACUUAGUACAAUCUUAGAACUACAUCGGAAUUGUAAAUGAAUAAGUGAAGUGAAGUCGUUAUAGCUGAAACGAUGAAACCAUCAAGGCUGGUCAGACAAAUAAAACACUCAACUUAUCGAAAGGUUAGGCAAUCCACCUUUGGAGAAUGUAUUCUCAAACUUCUAUUUGUGUUCUCGAGUAUGAUCAUUACGGUGGUACUUAUUCUUCACAAGAAUCAGAGUUUGGUCAACAUCAAUAAGGCCCUCUAUCUACGUUACAUCGGUGAAGAGUCAUUUUUCGACGGAAGUCCUCGAAACGUGGAUAGCGUUCGGAUCGAUUGGCAUGAUUAUGCGUACAUUGAGGACGAAGCAAAGCGGGAAGGACCCGGCGAACAUGGGAAACCAUUCAAGCUAGAAAAACCAGAAGACAUCGAGAGGAAUAAAGAAUUGUUUAAAGAAAAUGGAUAUUCAGCGGUGGUUAGCGAUAUGCUUUCAUUAAACCGGUCAGUGCCAGACGCCAGACAUCCUCAGUGUCGCAAUAAGCUCUAUCUCGAAGAGCUGCCAACGGUCAGCGUGAUAGUUAUUUUCUACAACGAGCACUGGAGCACGUUGCUGCGUACUGUCUACAGUAUUCUGAACCGUUCGCCGUCAAAACUUCUGAAGGAAAUAGUUAUGAUUAACGACCACAGUACAAAGGAAUUUUUGUGGGAGCCCUUACAAGAUUACGUUCGGAAUAAAUUGGCACCAAAGGUGAAGCUGAUUAACUUACCGGCGCGAUCGGGAUUGAUUGCAGCUCGGUUAGCCGGGGCAAGGGCUGCUACUGGAGAUGUGCUGAUCGUGCUCGAUUCACAUACAGAGGUCAACGUGAACUGGCUUCCUCCUUUGAUUGAACCCAUUGCCGAAAACUAUCGAACAUGCGUAUGCCCGUUUAUCGACAGCAUAGCUCACGAUUCGUUCGAGUAUCGGAUUCACAGCGAAGGCAAACGAGGUGCGUUCGAUUGGAAGUUCUUGUACAAGCGGUUGCCGCUUCGACCGCUAGAUCAACUAGAUCCCACAGAGCCAUUCGAUAGUCCCAUCAUGGCCGGUGGACUUUUUGCCAUUAGCGCAAAGUUUUUCUGGGAGCUCGGUGGCUACGACGAAGAGCUGGACAUUUGGGGUGGAGAACAGUACGAGUUGAGCUUCAAGAUUUGGCAGUGCGGUGGAAGAAUGGUAGACGCGCCUUGUUCUCACGUUGGGCACGUGUAUCGAGGUUUGGCUCCGUUUCCAAAUCCGAGAGGAACGAACUUCGUCACGAGGAACUUCAAACGGGUAGCCGAAGUGUGGAUGGAUGAAUACAAACAGUUCUUGUACGAGCGGAAUCCUGAAUAUGAUCGGACCGACGCAGGAGAUCUAACGAAACAGAAGGCUUUGCGAGACAAACUGCAGUGUAAACCGUUCAAGUGGUUCUUGGAAGAGGUUGCACCGGAUCUAGUUUUAAAAUACCCCUUGCGGGAUCCGAAACCAUUUGCUUCGGGAAGAGUUCAAAGCUUGGCCAAUCCCGCAUUAUGUCUCGAUUCAAUGAACCACAACGAAAAAGAAACGAUUGGUGUGUUUAGCUGCGCUGAUAACAAAACUCAUCCGCAGGGAAACCAAUUUUUCACGUUGACCUAUUUUCGAGACAUUCGAGUUUCCAGCGUGGACAAAUGCUUGGACGCAUCCAGUGCUGGUGCCGAGGUACGCCUAUUCAACUGUCAUGAACUGCAGGGAAAUCAGCUGUGGCAAUAUGAUUUCGAAAAUCAAAGGAUUUUGCACGGAAUGCCAAGCUGGAAUCAGUGUCUUGAUCUCGAGGGACACAAGGUAAUAAUGACCGGAUGUGAUAGCAGCAAAAAGACUCAGCGAUGGGCAUGGGGCUUUGUAAAUGAAACAAAUUUGAACAAUUGGAAAACCUACGGUGCGGAUCUUUUGCCUUGAAGUUGGAGAGUUUCCUUUUCAAGCAUUCAAAGAACAAUAAAUUAUU